CCAAGAUGGCGGCGCGGUGCUCCACGCGCUGGUUGCUGGUGGCUGUGGGGACCCCCCGGCUGCCGGCUACAGCGGGGAGAGGCGCCCGGCCGCCCACGGGGGGCGUGGUGGGGGCUUCGCUGGGCCACAAGCUGAACGUCACUACCUUCGCGCCUUCCUUGGGAGCUCGGGGCUCCGGGGCGCUGCUGACAUUGAGACCCGGUGUCAGCUUCAAAGGAGUAAAAAGUUACCCUUUUGUUUGUACUGCCUCCUUCCACACGAGCUCCCCUUUGGCCAAAGAGGAUUAUUACCAGAUACUAGGAGUGCCCCGAAAUGCCAGCCAGAAGGAGAUCAAGAAAGCCUAUUACCAGCUGGCCAAGAAAUACCACCCAGACACAAAUAAGGACGAUCCCAAAGCCAAGGAGAAGUUCUCCCAGCUGGCAGAGGCCUAUGAGGUGCUGAGUGACGAAGUGAAGAGGAAGCAGUAUGAUGCGUACGGCUCUGCUGGCUUCGAUCCUGGGGCCGGCAGCUCUGGACAGGGCUACUGGAAGGGAGGCCCCACUGUCGACCCAGAGGAGCUCUUCAGGAAGAUCUUUGGGGAAUUCUCAUCAUCUUCUUUUGGAGAUUUUCAGAGUGUAUUCAAUCAGCCUCAGGAGUACAUCAUGGAGUUGACGUUUAAUCAAGCAGCCAAGGGAGUCAACAAGGAGUUCACCGUGAACAUCACUGACACCUGUGAGCGGUGUGACGGCAAGGGGAACGAGCCUGGCACCAAGCUGCAGAACUGCCACUACUGUGGCGGCUCUGGAAUGGAAACCAUAAAUACAGGCCCUUUUGUGAUGCGCUCCACGUGUCGGAGAUGUGGGGGCCGAGGUUCCAUCAUAACGACUCCCUGCGUGGUAUGCAGAGGAGCAGGACAAGCCAAGCAGAAGAAGAAAGUGGUGAUCCCCGUGCCUGCCGGAGUCGAGGAUGGCCAGACUGUGCGGAUGCCUGUAGGAAAACGGGAAAUUUUCAUCACAUUCAGGGUGCAGAAAAGCCCUGUGUUCCGGAGGGACGGUGCAGACAUCCACUCCGACCUCUUUAUUUCCAUAGCUCAGGCUCUUCUUGGAGGGACAGCCAGAGCACAGGGCCUAUACGAGACCAUUACCGUGACGAUCCCCCCUGGGAUUCAGACAGACCAGAAGAUUCGGAUGAGUGGGAAGGGCAUCCCCCGGAUUAACAGCUACGGCUAUGGAGAUCACUACAUUCACAUCAAGAUAAGAGUUCCAAAGAGACUGACAAGCCGGCAGCAGAGCCUGAUCCUGAGCUACGCUGAGGACGAGACCGACGUGGAGGGGACAGUGAACGGCAUCACCAACACCAGCACGGGAAAACGGUCCACUGGAAACUAGGCCGGGAGUAGCAGCCCCUCCUCAUGGCCAGGGCACCAGAAGGAUUCCAGAACAGCAGCACCGGGCCCCUUUCUGCAGAGGGCAACAGCAAAAUCAUGUGACAACAUACGUCUCCACGGAACGGUCACGGGACAGCCCCUGGGCAGUAGGGUGUGGCAUGCGUAAGGAAUGGUAGAACUGUCCUGUCCAUGGGUAGGUAAUGUGGCCUCUUCUGGCUCAGGCAGAAUAAAACAACUGGACAUCUCUUCCAGAGCUAAAACUCUAAUUUGGAAUCAAAUGUGGAGAUAUUAGUUAAAGAAUUAAAGGCCAUGCUUACAGCUUAAAAAUGAAGCCUUAAGCUGCACCGAGUCAUGAAGUGAUUAAUUUCCCUCUGAGCAAACCUCCGGGAGGUUCUGGAAUGAGUCUUUCCUUCCAGAUUGUCUUUCUGAGGAACCUGGGGCCUGCAUGCCCCAUCACAUCAUCCAUCCUUCAGCAGAGACAUCCUGUUUCCUUCCUGGAGUUUGUUUUAAUUCCCAAAGAUCCCAAGCAGCUGGAACGUGGGCACCUUGGGGCCUGGGGAGGCACAUACCAAGGGCGUCCCUGGAGAUGCCAUUCCUGACCAUGUGGGCCGUGAUCUUUAUCAGGACGGAUAGUCCUUCCUUCCACCGUGUUUGGGGUGACCUCUUGUCCCCGACUUGAAUUCUGUUGUCCUAUGCCAGGCGUGGGGCUCCUGCCCUUCUGCUGGACCACAGGUGGUCACGGCUGCAGCCUGGGCCCAGCAGGCUAACAGCCUGUUAACCCAGUGCCCUGGCCCCCUCUGCCUGCCAGGGGCUUGGUUCUCACCACUCACACUGUUGACGUCUGUUUUCAGAAGUGUGUGUAAAUUUUUCAAUGCUGAGAAUCAUUGUCUGCUGUAGAAAUGUUUGUUCAGAAAAGGAAAGCACAGUCUGAGCAGUUGCAGGUUUCACCGUCCAGCCAGAGCGAACCACAGUCCCCCAGCCUCGGCUUGUAGGACAUACGGGCUCCAUAUGUUUCCAGGUCCUCCCCCUGUGGUAAGACAGGCUAAUGGAGAAAACUUAUGAAUAGUUUCCUUUUUGCUUUCCUUCAUAAUUUACUAAAAUAAAGUAUCUAUUACUGUCUGAUCUAAGAAUGUAAAAUGAUUCUGUAUCAAUGUAAAUAAGAUAUUACUGCAAAAAGAUACUUAAAA